CACAGGCUCCGCCGGCCUGGGCACCCCCCACCCCCAGUUCCGCAGAUCCAUCUCUCUGAUGCUAUACUGUAAAUUUAUUUCACCUCCGAGAGUAAACAGAUAUAUUGGAGCCCCAAGGGUUCAUGGGUAGCGUAUUUACAAAGGAGCCUCCUCGCCAGCCCGUGCCACCGCCGCUAAUGAGAGCGGUCAUUAAGUAAAUGAGACGUCGCCUUUAGCUGGCUUAGGAGUUCGCACACUACGCGGAGAGGACGUUUAAUGGAAACCCGCACGCCGGCUUCCCCACAUGUGACCGCUGACGGGAGGCAGCUGCCUUCCCCUCCUCCCCCGGCCACCGUGCACCCCCCAUGUAAAUUUCAUGAUUGCUUUCCGUGAUGUCAUUUUGAAAGAGGACAGACAAUAGCUGGGGAAGAAAAUGAGUUCCGGGGUGAGCUGCUGAGUCAGAGGUGGACACACGGAGACCAGGCCAGCAGCUGCAGGACCGCGAGGCCCCUCCUGGGCAGACAUAGCAAGAUGAGCUUAGAAAACGAUGAUAAGCGAGCUCGCACGCGAUCCAAGGCCCUCCGAGGACCCCCAGAGACCACAGGCGCAGACCUCAGCUGUCCCACCCCAGGAUGCACGGGCUCAGGGCAUGUUCGGGGCAAGUACUCCAGGCACCGAAGCUUGCAGAGCUGCCCCCUGGCCAAGAAGAGGAAGCUGGAGGGCACGGAGGCUGAGCACCUGGUGUCCAAGAGGAAGUCCCACCCCCUGAAGCUGGCUCUGGACGAGGGCUACGGCGUGGACAGCGACGCCAGUGAAGACACCGAGGUGAAGGGCGCCUCUGUUUCCGAGGAAUCGGAAGGAGCCGCGGAGGCCGAGGCUGAGCGCUUGGGACAGGAGGAGAUUCAUCGCCUGGAGCCAGCUGCAGGAAGGAGCCCCAUCAAGUCCCAUUUUGGAUCCAACCCUGUCGGCAGCCCUGCUGGCUCCUCCCAGGGCAGCUGCAGCAGCUACCAGGGGGUCAUUGCAGCUUCUCUGUUAAACUUGGGCCAAAUCGCCGAAGGGAGCCUGGCGGGGGAAGACUCGGGCCAGGGGUCCAAACCAGGCCUGCUUCAGGAGGGUGCUGACGAGGGGGCCGCCAGUGAUGAGGGUGAGAAGGACCUUUUCAUCCGGGUGGGAGAUGCAGGGGGGGCUGCUGAUGUCACCAGCGAGCGCCCCCAGGAGCCACGACCUCAGUCCCUGGAGAGUGUGGCCAGAGAGGUGUCCAGCAAGCAGAAAGGUCACCAGGAGGAAGAGGAGGAGGAAGAGGAGGAGGAGGAGGAAGAGGAGGAGGAUGGGAUGGAGGAGGAGGAGGAAGAGGAGGAGGAGGUCGAGGAGGAGGAGGAAGAAGAGGAGGAGGAAGAGGAGGAGGAGGAGGAGGAGGAGGAGGAAGAGGAGGAGGAGGAGGAGGAGGAGGAGGAAGCAGCCGCUGCUGUGAUCUUCGAGGACGCCUCCCACACCUCUGCCCAGAAGGCCCCUGAGCUCCGGCGCCCAGAGCCGCCCAGUCCCAAGCCCGAGUACUCUGUCAUCGUGGAAGUCCGCUCGGACGAUGAUAAGGACGAGGAUGCACGCUCCCAGAAGUCAGCGGUCACUGAUGAGUCUGAGAUGUAUGACAUGAUGACCCGUGGAAACCUGGGCCUCCUGGAGCAGGCCAUUGCCCUCAAGGCUGAGCAGGUGCGCGCUGUUUGCGAGCCGGGCUGCCCACCGGCUGAGCAGGGCCAGCCGGGGCCCGGCGAGGCAGGGAAGGCAGUGAAGUCCCUGGAUGCCGUGCGCAAGAGCUACUACAGCAAAGAUCCUUCCAGAGCUGAGAAGCGGGAGAUCAAGUGUCCGACCCCAGGCUGUGACGGCACUGGCCACGUGACGGGGCUGUACCCGCACCACCGCAGCCUGUCCGGCUGUCCCCACAAGGACAGGAUCCCCCCAGAGAUCCUGGCCAUGCAUGAGAACGUGCUGAAGUGCCCAACCCCUGGCUGCACAGGCCAGGGCCACGUGAACAGCAACCGCAACACACACAGAAGUUUGUCUGGGUGUCCCAUCGCUGCUGCUGAAAAAUUAGCCAAAUCCCAUGAGAAGCAGCAGCCACACACAGGAGACCCUUCCAAGAGCAGCUCCAAUUCUGAUCGGAUCCUCAGGCCCAUGUGCUUCGUGAAGCAGCUGGAAGUCCCUCCAUAUGGGAGCUACCGGCCCAGUGUGGCCCCUGCCACACCCAGAGCCAACUUGGCCAAGGAGCUGGAGAAAUUCUCCAAGGUUACCUUUGACUACGCAAGUUUCGAUGCUCAGGUUUUUGGCAAACGCGUGCUUGCCCCAAAGAUUCAGACCAGCGAAACCUCACCCAAAGCCUUUCAAUCCAAACCCUUCCCAAAGGCCUCCUCCCCCAGCCACAGCCCCUCCAGUAGUUAUGUGAGGAGCACUUCAAACUCUUCCACAGGCUUCGACUACUCACACGAUGCUGAGGCUGCACACAUGGCGGCCACCGCCAUCCUGAACCUCUCCACCCGCUGCUGGGAGAUGCCCGAGAACCUCAGCACGAAGCCACAGGAUCUGCCCAGCAAGUCCGUGGACAUCGAGGUGGACGAAAACGGGACCCUGGACUUGAGCAUGCACAAACACCGCAGACGAGAAAACGCUUUCCCCAGCAGCAGCAGCAGCUGCAGCAGCCCCGGCGUCAAGUCUCCCGAUGUCUCCCAGCGCCAGGGCAGCGCCAGUGCCCCCAGCAGCUCCAUGACCUCACCCCAGUCCAGUCAGGCCUCCCGACAGGAUGAGUGGGACAGGCCAUUGGACUAUACCAAACCCAGUCGCCUGCGAGAGGAAGAGCAGGAGGAGUCAGAGCCAGCAGCCCAUUCUUUUGCUUCUUCUGAAGCAGAUGACCAGGAAGUGUCCGAAGAGACUCUCGAGGAGCGGAAGUACCCCGGGGACGUCACCCUGACCAACUUUAAGCUGAAGUUCCUCUCCAAGGACAUAAAGAAGGAGCUGCUCACCUGCCCCACCCCCGGCUGUGACGGCAGCGGCCACAUCACCGGGAACUAUGCCUCCCACCGCAGCCUCUCUGGUUGCCCUCUUGCUGACAAGAGCCUCAGAAACCUCAUGGCUGCCCACUCUGCUGACCUCAAGUGCCCCACGCCUGGCUGUGAUGGCUCUGGCCACAUUACAGGGAACUAUGCUUCACACCGGAGCUUGUCGGGCUGCCCUCGUGCCAAGAAAAGUGGAGUCAAGGUGGCGCCCACCAAGGACGACAAGGAGGACCCGGAGCUGAUGAAGUGCCCAGUGCCUGGCUGUGUGGGGCUCGGUCACAUCAGCGGCAAAUACGCCUCUCACCGAAGCGCAUCUGGAUGUCCUCUGGCUGCCCGGCGGCAGAAAGAGGGGUCCCUCAACGGCUCGUCAUUCUCCUGGAAGUCGCUGAAGAAUGAGGGGCCCACCUGUCCCACCCCAGGCUGUGAUGGCUCUGGCCACGCCAAUGGGAGCUUUCUCACUCACCGGAGUUUGUCUGGCUGUCCCAGAGCAAGUUUUGCUGGAAAGAAGGGAAAACUCUCAGGGGAUGAGGCUCUCAGCCCAAAGUUCAAAACCAGUGACGUGCUGGAGAAUGAUGAGGAGAUCAAGCAGCUGAACCAGGAAAUCCGAGACCUGAACGAGUCCAACUCGGAGAUGGAGGCCGCCAUGGUGCAGCUGCAGUCCCAGAUCUGCUCCAUGGAGAAAAGCCUGAAGAGCAUUGAGGAAGAGAACAAGCUCAUUGAGGAGCAGAAUGAAGCCCUGUUUCUGGAGCUGUCUGGCCUGAGCCAGGCCCUCAUCCAAAGUCUCGCCAACAUCCGCCUUCCGCACAUGGAGCCAAUAUGUGAACAGAACUUCGAUGCCUAUGUGAGCACCCUCACCGACAUGUACUCCAACCAGGAGUGCUACCAGAGUCCCGAGGACAAGGACCUCCUAGAGAGCAUCAAGCAGGCCGUAAGGGGCAUCCAGGUCUAGGCCCCCGGGUCUGAGCAGCUGAGGGGUGGCCGCCCAGCCCCGCCGCCGACCUCUCUCCUCCUGCUCUUCACUGGGGGGUUCCUAACUCACAGACUCCUAGUUGGAAGCUUGCGGCCUUGGACGGUUUACCCAAAGGGCUGCCUGGAAGUCAGGGUCCCCCGCGACGCCCCUGCCGGGCUCGGGGCUGAGACCUCGCCACGCAGACGCAUGGGGACGCUGAGUGUCACAAAGUCAUUUAUUUUUGUGUUCUGAAAGCGUAGCCCAGCAGUCUCCAGUGAAGCUCAUGGACAAGGUUCUCAGGGAAGUUUCGGAGUUGGCAACCACAGUAUUCCUCUGUCUGUCGAGGCUGGGAGGGCAGCCGUGGGCACAGUGGGCGGGUGUCGGGGGGAACGGGUGACCGCCCGAGGCCCCGUGUCUGUGCUCAGUGAGGCCCAUGUGUGUUUUCUGUUUUCGUUUAAUUCAGUUUUGUGUUAAGAGGAACAAAGUCAUGUUCCAGAGGCAAAGUUAGGGGUAGGCCUUCCAGACCGUUGCUCUCAUCAGCCUGGGCAGCGUGGCAGCAUCAGCCUUGCACUCGGGGCAGCAGGGGCAGACCGGUGUGGCCCCAGCUCACGGCCUCCUCCUGGGCUGCAGCCCCGGACCACCAGGCCAGGCCUCAGAGCAGCGGUGUCUGCUCAGGCCCCUGACCGAUGGCCGCCGCGUUCUCUGGGUCCUGGCUGGACUUGGUCAGGGUCGACAGUGUUGAGGGGGUUGGGGUAAACUCACUGGGAGACCACCACGGUUUCACUUCUUAGAUCCGCUCAGAUUUGAAGAAAGGUAAAUUUUAAUUCAGUGUGUUAAAAACACAAUGUUCCUGCCGUGUAAAUAGAGUCCAAGUCAAGCGUGACUGCAAUUCUGAGUUAGUAUUUAAAAGUAGAGAAAUUGCACUUCCCAGAAGAAAUUAAAAGUAGUUUAGUUUAAUUAUUCUGUAAAUUGUUUAAGUUUGUCAAGAUGUAAGUAUUUAUAUUCACAACCUCAUAUGUUCAUGUUUGCUAUUUAUUUAACAUUUUUAUUAAUUUAUUAAUUUUAUACUAUUUCAACUCGACCCCACAUUAGGGCACCAUAAGAGGGAACUAAGUGAAAUCAAAGGAAAAAUAACUAUUUGACUAUAAGCCACAAAAAAAAUCUCAAUAUAACUUCUAGUUAUAAUUUUGAUGCAACCAAGUUAUUUUUUAUACAUUUUGUUAUUUAUUCUUUUAAUAAUAGAAUUUUUAAAAAAAGUAUUUUGUAACUGAGGAAUUUUGAUAAUUUGGGGAUUUUUCCCCCUUGGUCCAAUGGAGAGAAAGACACUUUGGUUUUCUUUUUCCCUUUCGAGUUUCUUUUGUUUCCCGCACAGAUGACAGCAAACGGGAUUCUGUAUUUGUCAUUAUUUAAGCGUAGCGCAAGUGUGUGCUCUGGUGUGUUCCUUGUGUCGCGUUUGUGUGUCGGUGAUCACGGCUGAGUCCUGUCGCUGUGAGGGUGCUGCCCACAGGCAGCUCAGCAGUCACCCGCACUCACAGCUGCCCCACCCCCGACAGCUCCGAUACUGUGACCCUCCUUCCUCAGGAAACGCGCUGAGCCCACAGCACUUCGUGGCGUGUCUGUAGGGUGAUUUCCUAAUAAAAGUGCUCUGACUGUGA